AUGUAAGACCCAUCUGAUUUAAUUUACCAAGUUGAAAAUGAGCCAAGCAUUUAACUCAUUAGAUCCAUCAAGAUUCAAAAGAAUAAAAGGUUAGUGAUGAAAUUUUCAUCUGAUUCUUAAAAUGUAGAAAGUGAUUAGAGUGUCGAUAACUCUCAAUAUUACAGAAAAUAAUUCUUGGAGAGCUAUUCUAUGUUCACAACCAAGAAUUCAAUACCAGGCAAAUUCAAAAGUUUGAAUUAACCAAGCUAUUCUGAAACUUAUAAAGCAAAACUUGCAUCAAUACGAAAGAUUAAAUCAUUUAGACUAGAUGAUGAAAUAUAUAGUUAAGAUGAGGAAGAAAGUUUGCCAAAAGAAUUGAUGAAAGUCAAUUUUCAGUUUAGAUAAGAUGCUAUAAUUAAUGUUUAAAAAAUCCUUAACUAAAAGAAAUGA